CAUAUGACGUGGCAAAGUUAUCUUGCAAUAUUCGCAGCAGGAGGUAUAAAUUACAAGUCCUCAGAAAACAAACGCGACAAACACACCGGGCAGUCUGUUCUGUAGGGAGCGCGGUGUCACCAGCAGUCACAAUGUUCAAGGCCGUGUUUGUAUGCAUCAUCGCUUUGGCGACGGCAAAGAAUUACAUAGUGCAGCCGAUCGAGAAGGGCGUGGUGUUCCGCCAGGAGAUCGACAUCGACGUGACGGCCGGAGUGCGCACUGUGAGCGUGCCGCAGCACAACAGCGUGGCCGCCGCACACAUCAUCCACUCCUACCAUGACGCCCAAACCCUGUACUGCCAGACGGAGGAGGGGAAGUGUUUCCUCAUGCCGCUGGCGGACCGGAACGAGCCCGGCCAGGCCGAGCUACAGGCCGGGCUGGACAUCCUACAGAGCGAGAGGUCCGGUUUCCUGCCUGACUGGGAGACCGAGGUGGUUGUGAACCGGUGGGCGGUGGUGGGGCGGGCCGAGCGCGGCAGCCUCAGCCCCGUCCUGUCCGCCUUCCACGCCGACCUGCCGGUCUACAGGGUGGAGAAGAUCGAUGACUCAGCACCCAUGCUUGGCAGCUCCCCAGCCCUCCACCCUGCCAGCCCGCUGACCCGGCGCCAGACCUGCGGGAACGGAGCGGACCCGGUCCGGCAGUACGCCGUCAGCAACCCCGCCGGCUGCGAGUACCUGGUCUUCUGUGACGUCGACCACUCAAAUGGAGACUACAACGAGUGUCCCCGUCGUCACGUGCUGGAUCAGUUCUUCAUGGCGUGCCUGUGCUGCCCGGAGCACUCCACCCGCGAACAGUGCAUCUACUGUGUCAACCUGGAGUAGUGCAGCGGCACAAGCUUCUAAGCAGAGUUCCCACAUUGAUUCUGCUUGGUAACGGAAACUGCCAAAUUAAAGGAUACGUAUGAUGUAUCCUUUUCAGGCAAACGAAAUGACAGAGUAAAGUUUACAAAUACAUGUAUGAAACUUAAUAAAAGUCUACAAAAUAAAAGGUACUGACAUGUCACUUGA